AAAUAAUUGCACGUUGGUAGUCGUAUUCAGCAACGCAACAUGGAGGGCCACACUCUAUGGCGACGCUCAUCUUCAAUGCACAAAAAAGUCAUGGACAGAUAGAUAGAUUAAGAAAUUAAGGCUCCAUACCUCUGAAAGCUUCUCCAACACAAAAUAUCUCAAGUUUUACAUAAAGAAAUGAACAACGGAGCAGCUAUAGACGACGGAUUCGUAUACAAACAAGAGGUCCAUCUUACUGUCCUCAAAACUUCUGUCUUCUUCGCCGGUGAUGGAUUCGCCGCCUACACCUCCGACGGCCAGCUCCUCCUCCGAGCCGACUCCUACGGCCCCGACAAACGCCACCAGGGCGAACUCGUUCUCAUGGACGCCGCCGGCAAAUGCCUCCUCACCCUCCGCCGAAAGUGGCCGAGUCUUCACCAGAGGUGGGAAGGGUUUUCGGGCGAGAGAACGGAGGGCCAGAAGCCGAUCUUCAGCGUGCGGUGGUCGUCGAUAAUCGGACGGUCGAGCGUGACGGUGGAGGUGUACGACGAUCCGGGGGAGGAGUACAAGAUCGAAGGGUGCUUCGCGCAGCGGAACUGCACGAUCUUCAACGCCGCGGCCGGCGAGGAACCGGUGGCGGAGAUUCGACGGAAAGUGGAUCCCUCCGCCAAUGUGGUGCUGGGGAGAGAGGUGUUCUCGCUGUCGUUGAAGCCGGGGUUUGAUGGGGCCUUCGCCAUGGGGCUCGUCCUCGUUCUGGACCAGAUCCACGCCGAUGAUCAUUACUUUUUCGCCAAUAAAGGAGAUGAUAGUCGAGUCGGUGCGGAGCCCAUUUCUGAUGAUUAGUUAUAUAUUUUACUUCAAAUAUGGAAGAAUUUUUUUCUUUUCUAGGCUGUAAAACUAUAUUAUCCAUUUAUCAAUUAGCAUGUCAAGACUCAAGAUAAAUUUUGUCCUCAGAUAUUGUGUGGGGGUGUAAACGAGUCGAGUCGAGCUUGAAUUUGGGUUGAUUUGAACUCGAACUUAAUAACAAUGGGUGUGCUCGUGCUCAAGCUCGAAAAAUGAUGCUCGAGCUCAGCGUCGAGCAGGUUGAACAGCUCAUUUGACUUGAUUGUUCGAGCUGGAGUUGAAUUCAGCUCGAAUUCAGACUUUAAGUAUAUAUAUAUAUAUAUAUAUUUAGGGUUUACAAGCGGCUCGAUGAGUCAUGAGUCUAAAAUAUUUGAACUCGAGCUCGGCUCAGUUACAUAACGAGUUGAGCUUUGACCGAACGGUUUGAGAGUUGUUCGCAAGUGACUCGGUUCAUUUGCAGUCCUAAUGUUGCGUAAUGUAACUCUUAUAUAUGUGUGAAAUGAGUGAUGAUUUUAUAAA